UGUACAUUGUGAGAUAAUUACUUCCUGUUCCCUCUUCCACCUGUUUAUGACUGUUUUGUCACUUUUGUUCUUGCCACACCCCUCCUCUUCAGUCAUGCUCCAUUUAGUUAUUUUCUUCUGUGUUUCACUUCCCCUCUGUUUCAUUUCACUCAUGGUUUUACCAGUUUGCUGCUUUUCCUACAGCUGCAGCAUAAUGUCAUCCAGUAAUCACCACUCCAUUCUUUUUGGAGGCCGUUUCUUUUCCCAUUCCUUGUCGGUUCCUCCUGUCAUGCCGCUCAACGCUUUUCCAGUUGUUGUUGGUUUUGUUUUCUCUGUUGGGCUUAUUCUCCACUUGUUGGAUUUUCAUUUAAAGGUUCACCGCUCCUUCCUCCAUUUUAGACCCUCAUCACAGCCUGCUGUCACGACAGGUCUGGAUCUCUUUGGGACCUUUAUUUGACCAGAAAGCUAAAUAUGACACUUGUGUGUUUCUGAUUCUUAUCCUCUUUGUCAAGAAUCUCCUUCAUUUACUAAAUGGCAGAGGUGAAUUUGAUUCAAAGGUCAUUUCUUGAAAAAGGUGGCAUGGCUAAAGUUUGGAUUGCUCCUAGUUUUUCCACUGCAGCCUAUAUACUGAUGAGGUCACGUGGGUUGGAAAUCCAAUUUAAGAUGGUUGUGUUAAGUGCAGCAGGAGAUAAAAGAAAGAGGGGGUUGAGUCAGUUAAACUAAUGACAAUUAACUGAUAGGCAUAUUUGUGUCAAACCAAGAUGGCAAAUGUAAAAAAACAAACAUAUUUUUUUAACUAGAGUUACCUUUAGGCACUGGGGGGGAAAAAUAGAUUUUCUCCAAAAUGUCUGAAUUCAAAAGAGUUUUUUUUUUUUUUAAUUUAAGUUUCAACCCUGUGUUUGACUCAGUCAGUUUUAGGUCAGAGAGAGAGAAAGAGAGAGAGAGAGAGAGAGAGAGAGAGAGAGAGAGAGACUAAAUGGAUUAUCAAGAAGCAGUUCAACAGAAUCCCUUUCAUCCCAUUGCUGGCCAUCAGACAGACAAGUGCUCCCCUACAGGGAAACACGGGAUUAGUUGCUCAGCAUCGUCGGCUUCUUCUCAUUCUAUUUUCUGGAAUUGGCCCACAAGAAUCCAGGAAUUUUUCCAGCGUGAGGAUCGAAGAAUGUGAAAGACGGGACUUACGGGGACAUUGUCGAAAGGCAUGCGGAGGACAGCCGAGGCUUGUCUGUGUUCUGAAACUCAUGGAUAAUCUUCGACUUUUGAAGCUUCAUUUAUUUCAAAACUGUGUCACUGACAAGUCAUUAUGGAAGAACGGCAAGUUCAGUUUGUUGUCAUUGACUCUUUUUGGCCACUAAUGGACUGCCCAGAGUGACUGCCUCAGAUCAUGCAUAUGAUCAAACUUUUGCCAAUACGUUGCAAAGUUCUGCUGAAUCCUGAUUUCACAGGAAUUCUAAUAAGAUGUUGGAGGAUUCUCGGUGGAGUGCCAAGUUUCCUGUGGCUUUUUUCUCAUUUCUUUUAGUUAUUUGAAUGUGAGACUUUUAGGAGUCAACCGUUAGACGGUUCUUUCACAGAAUGAGAAACUACGAUGCCAUGGGCUGUUGGAUGUAAACUCUGGGUUCUAUAAAGGUUUUUGUUGGCGCCCCACAUGAAUUUCAAAAGGUAAGCGGGGCCUGGGGAUGCUUUAAAUGGUGUUAAUAACAGAGGAACAAGGUAAAGAUUCAAAGGUCAGAGAGAAUGGAUUUGCUGGAGGAGUUGCCCUUGGCAAGACUAAGAGUAAAGCCAACAUCUUGGCUGGGGAUGCACCCAUUAUGUCCAUCUGCAAGGUUGAUGAAGAUGGAGUUGAGUGUGCGGUCUCAGAAGACGACGCUAAUGAAGAGGCUGAAGUCGAUUACACACGAAACUACUGGGAGGAUGAGGACGAUAUUUAUCAAGAGUUUGAGGAACUGGACUUCGACUCCCUACCGGAUCGUUCGGAUACCCACAGCAUCACCACAGAAGACUCCUUCUAUCCCCUAGACGAUUCAGUCAUCUCCCAAAUUAACCGCUCCCUCUACCACCUGGAAACCCCCGAACCAAUCUCCUUCUUUAAGGCCUGCUGCAACAACAAUGCCAUCAUAGUAAAGAUCAUGAUCAGACAAGGAGUGACUGAAGAAGAGGUAAAGGAGACCGACCGAAACAGAAGAUCUGGCCUCAUUGCUGCGUGUUACCAUGGUUACGUGGACGUGGUCAUGGCCCUCGCUCAGUGUCCCUACCUGGAUGUGAACUGGCAGGACAACGAGGGCAACACUGCCCUUAUUAUUGCGGCUCAAGCAGGUCACACGUUUAUCUCCAACUACCUGUUGAACUACUUCCCCGGUUUGGAUAUCGAGAGGAGGAACUGUCACGGUUUCACAGCGUUGAUGAAAGCUGCAAUGCAGGGGAGGCUUGAGUGUGUCAGAGCCCUCAUGCUGGCAGGAAGUGAUAUCCAGGCUCGGGACUAUGGACGGAGAAUGACCCCCAGAGAGUGGGCUCUCUUCACCGGUCGAUACGAGACGGCAGAUUUGAUACUUCGGCUGAUAUCAAAGCCUUGCGCCGAGCAGUUCUGCGACUCCUUCCCCCUGGAGUGGCCAUUGUUAGAGGAACUCGUGUGGAAGGCACAAAACCCACAGACAUUCUGUCAGCGCUUGAUGAAACUCAUCUCUUGCUGCCCUUAUGGGCUCUACUUCAACAACAAGGUAAACCCUGUGAGCGACGGUGUCCUUGAACACAUGGUGAGGAUAACCACGGGCAUCUCCAGCCCCUUCAUGGCCACGGCGUGCCACACCGUCUCCCCGGGCAGCCCGCCGUGCGUCGGAAAGCGCCGGCACGCCGUGCAGGAGAUCCUGAGGCGGCAACGGGUGGCGGAGCUCAAACGCCUGGGACCCGACAGGUUGAACAACUACAAGAAGCUUUUCCAGAACUCGAGGGUCCUCCUCAUCCCCAAAGCGAGGGACCGACGGGCGAGCCUGCAGUCCCAGCUGCUCAGCGACGUGGCGGCAGCGUCCACGGUGGCCAUCAGACGAGCUAGCCUCCUGCCGCUCAACAUGCUGAGGAGAAGCAGCGUGCGGCCAGGCCUAGUGGUGCCAAAGGUCACUCUCUGCAAAGCCCCGCCUCCGAGCUUCAUACCGGAAAAGCCGAGCAGGAACGGCAACGACAGCCAGCUCCAGAUCCCCAAAUGGGAUUACAAGAUGAAGAAAAUAGAGAGGAGGCAGGAAGAGGAGAGGCAACGAAUGCUAUCUGCACUAAGAAGGAGGUGAAGGAUCGAAGGAGGACAUGACUUUGCGGCGCGUCCCAGAUCGAGCUUGAAAAGUGUCUUGUGGCAAAGCGGGCACGAAGCACAGCCUUAGCAAAUCUGAACCUUUAUUGUGAAUUUGACUGCAAGUUGUUGUUUCUGCUUGUUCAGAUCACUGAUGCUGCUUUGCCUUGUUUCUACUUGAACUUGCACACUUCCCUUGAGAGGUGUAAUUUGUAAUGAGGAAUGGCAGGGGAGGGAGCAGAAGGAAAGAAAAAUAAACAUGUGACUUGGAUUAAAAUGUUAGGGGAAUCAGGUAUUUUUGGAGAUCAGACUACUUCUUUCCCCACAUUUGCCACAAAUCUUUU